AUGGACGAUCGAACAGUGGAUCUGAUCUUCGGAGGCUCCUUGAAGUCCUUGCCACCAGUCAGUUCCAAAAUUGUCAGGAUUUUUACCAGUUCCACGUUCACAGAUACCACUAUGGAAAGAAACACACUGAUGGCGAAAUGCUACCCCCGAAUAAAAGAUUACUGCCGUGAAAAACAUGGUUUGGAAUUUCAAGUAGUGGACAUGCGCUGGGGAGUCAGAGAUGAGGCUACUGAUGACCACAUGACCACAGAACUCUGUAUGCGAGAGAUUAAGAAUUGCCAGCGACUCUCCAUGGGUCCCAAUUUUGUGGUAUUUUUGGGACAAAAGUAUGGAUACAGACCAAUCCCAACAUAUGUCCUGUCAUCAGAGCUACAGAUGCUAAGAGACGAGCUAGUAGCUGGUGGAGUCGAUGUAAUUUUACUGGACACUUGGUACAAAAAGGAUUCGAAUGCGGUACCGCCCGUGUCUGUACUACAGCCUAUUUCAUCUAUACUCGUGAAUUUUAAUAAUAAGAGAGUUCCCAAGCUUCAAGCGGAGGACCAAGCCGUCUGGUGGGACACCCUUACCAAGAUGCAGAAGUUAUUCCGCAAGUCUUCUUUACAAUUGUAUAACGCUGGCAAAAUUGACAAGGACACUAUGCACAAUUACUUCAUGUCAGUUACCGAACGUGAAGUGAUCAACGGUAUUCUUAAUGUUAAAAAUACAAAGAACCACUGUUUGGCAUACGUUAGAUAUAUAAACAAUAUAAACCUGCAGAAUUUGAAAAAAGCUAGCAAUUUCGUCGACAUCCUCAAUAGGAGUUUGGAUGCAGAAGCUUCUAAACUUCUAGCGGACUUACGAGACGUCAGGUUACCUGAAAAAAUUGAGACGACAAAUAUACAAAAGUACACAGUAGAAUGGAUCGGUCGCGACGGACUCGACAAUGAAACACAUGGCGAAUACCUCAAUCAUUUUAUAUCUCAUUUCUACAAAAACAUCAUUAAGCUGGUGGACAGAGCCAUGCGUAAAGAAGACAGCAGUGCUCAAGGACAGAUUGUAACAGAAAUUCUACAACAUUUGCACGCUUGUAACAACUCUGUGAAAGUGUUUCAUGGGAGGGAGGACGAUUUGAAUUUUAUAGAAAAUUAUAUGAUGAACGAUUCUGACAAGCCCUUAGUGUUAUAUGGAGAGGGUGGUUGCGGUAAAACAAGUCUGCUCGCGAAAAGUUCAGCAAUGUCUCUAGACUACUGGUUCGCAGAAGUGCGUCCCACUAACAUCAUCAGGUUCCUCGGAACAACACCUGACUCUAGCGCUUUGACUCCAACACUUAUAUCUAUUUGUCAACAGAUUUCCUACAACUUUGCAUUGCCUUUCGAAAGCAUUCCCGACGAUUUAGUCCCUCUGACGGCACAUUUCAAGCAACUACUCACAAUGGCUACUCAACAACAACCGUUGCUAUUAUACCUCGACUCCGUCGACCAACUGACUGGUAUUGGAACUGAAAACAAUAAAGUAUCAUGGCUACCAACUAGAUUGCCUCCACAUUGUAAAAUUAUAGUGACAUGUGCAUGUGAAGAAGCAAACCCUGAAGUUUCUAAAGAGUACGAUGUUUUGCGAAGAAUGAUUGAUUCUGAAGAGAAUUUCCUAGAAGUAAAAGCUUUGGGAGAAGAUUUAGCGAUGCAGGUUUUGAAAUUAUGGAUGGCUUCUGCAGCACGAGACCUAAGCAACUAUCAGUGGCGUCUCGUCUCUAACGCGAUUGGACAAUGCUCUCUACCAAUCUUCGUGAAGUUAGUAUUUGCUGAGGUAUGUCGUUGGCGAAGUUAUACAAAACCUCAAGAUACUCAUUUAGCUUCAACCGUCAUGGACUCCAUUAUGAUGCUGUUCGAAAGAAUUGAAAAGCAGCAUGGCCGCCUAUUAGUAUUCCAUGCGCUCGCGUACAUAACAGCCGCUAGAAGUGGGCUAUCGGAAACCGAAUUGGAGGAUUUAAUUUCCUUGGAUGAUAAAGUGUUGGACGAUGUGUAUCAAUACCACUUACCUCCAGUGCGGAGGAUACCCCCGUUAUUGUGGACCAGAAUACGUAACGAUCUCCCAAACUACCUAUCAGAGAGAGAAGCUGAUGGGGUCUCGGUGAUGAACUGGUACCACCGACAGUUCCGCGACACCGCACGUGAAAGAUACUUCAAAAAUAUGAACAUGGCUAUGUAUUUUCACUCCAUGAUUGCUGAUUAUUAUUUAGGUAUUUGGGGUGGUGGUAUUCCGAAGCCAUUUAAGUACACUGAAAUUCAACGUCACAGAUUUAAUCUGGCGGACAAAGAGGGCGUAGCUGACAGGAAAGUGCCAUUACAACCGCUUGUUUUCACUUCAGCUGAUGGAUCUUCCAAAAGAUACAAUUUAAGAAAGUUUGGUGAGCUGCCAUUCCAUUUAGUUCGAUCGAAACGCUUCACUGACCUCUAUGCAGAAGUAUUGUUCAACUAUGAGUGGCUCCACGCAAAGCUGAACUGCUGUCCUCUCCAGGCAGUAUUGGCUGAUUUUGAAGAUGCUAAAUUACACGUUAAUAAAGAUGCAGUAAGGGAGUUAAUGCUGGUAGCGGACGCGCUACGUCUAGGCGGUGCGAUUCUCGGGGCUUUUCCGGACAUGCUCGCGCCGCAGCUGGUGGGACGGCUGCGGCCGGAGGCGCCGCACAACCCCGCGGUGGCCGCGUUGCUGCAGCAGUGCCACGACAAGGGGAAGAACCACUGCGCCUUGCUGCCCUCACAUCACUGCUUGCACACCCCCGGCGGACCUUUGAAGUAUUCACUAGAAGGUCACCAGUUCGCAGUAUUUGCAUUCCGCCUAAGCUCAGAUAAGCGCUACGUAGUGUCGAUCUCCAGUAGAGUGAUAUCCUGGGACCUGUCGACGUCGGACCUGGCGAGGGACCUGUGUCCUCAACUAGAAGGCAUUAUGCAGAACUUGGAACUAUCCCCAGACAACAAAUGGGCGGCCGCUUCUACAAAUAAUUCCGUGUCAAUACUUCUAAACAUGCUGACCAGUGAAUAUGUCACCAUUGAAAAUCCGCUGGAGGAAGGUGAAACAGUUAGAGGAGUGUACGUUUUAAAUCAUCACAUGUUCAUAUACGGGCCCAAAUCGUGGGUGCAAUACAACAUGAGGGGAGAACUUGAAGACACUAAGCCCGCGCCUAAUACGGCACCUUACGAUGAUGAUUCUUGGGAAAUUCUUUCAAUAGAAUUCCGGGACCUAGAAAAUCUUGUACUGGUGAUGUGGAGCGGAGAUUUAGAUGAUGAUAGACUGUUAGUGCAUUUCUGCAAGGCCAAUAUCUGGAUGCAACCGCUGAGGUGUCGAGGAGCUUUGACUCUUAACAAAAACUGGACUAAGAUCUAUACAAGUGAUCCUGAACGAGGCUAUCAGAUUUCAGUGUACGGAAUGAACGAGGCCGAACAAAAAUGGGACAAAGUGGAGGAACUGCAUCACCUAGAGACCGACACCGCCGAAGCGAUGCUCCAGUUGAAGAGAGGAAAGAAGGAUCGGAUGUUGCUCGCAACCACGACAUAUAGCUUCGUAGUUUGGGACUUCAAGAAUGUGAUACCGCGCGGGAAACAUAUCGAUGGCAACAAGAUAAAUGAAGAAACAGAAGAGAAGAAAAAGGAAGAAGAAGAGAAACAAGAUACUGAACAAGAAAAAGAUUUACGCUUAGAAGGAAUAGUUCUAAAACUUCCGCACACAAUACGAAAUAUUUCUACAAAAAUGACCCUCUCUAAUUCAUUUAUGAUCAGCAAUAAUAAUACUUACGCUGUAGCUGGAGUCAGAAAAAACCUGUACGUAUGGAGUUUAGAAACAACUAAGCUGAUCAAAGUAUUGGACGCGCACUUCGGCCGCAUCGUGCAGCUCGAGCCCCUCACGCUCGGCGCCUGGAACAAUGUGAUCACGUCCUCCAUCGACCGCACCGUGAAGAUCUGGAACAUUGAUAAUAUUUUUGAGCAAGUUCACAAAAUAGAUCGGCAAGAGCUACCUAUUGAUUCUAUAAGCCUAGCUCGAGACCAGCACCUCGCGGUGACGGUGACGCGCAGCUGCUGGGCGCUGUGGGACACGCGCGCGGGGCGGCUGCAGGCGCAGUGCGCGGACGCGCCGCUCGGCGCCAUCGUCACGCACGCGCUCAUCACGCCGAGCGGCGAGAACGUUCUCACCGCUGAGUCUGGGAACAUUCUUAUAUGGGAUACCAAUGAUAGACAGGUAGUAUUCAAAGAAGAGCAGAAAGGUAUAAAGCAGCUUCUUCUUUUAGAAGAUGGUAUGAAAUUUGUGACCAUUUCUAUGGUAGUUUCUUCUGAUAAUGUUGAUAACAUCGCCAUGGCUCACAUCGUGACAAGGACUAUUCCGGAUGGUGAAAAGAUCUACACAGUGGAUUACGAGGUGCGCGGCACUGGCCACCGCGCCGCCGUCGUGUCCGCGGACGAGAACCACCUCGUGGCACCGGGCCUCGACAAGAACGCGCGGGAGUGCCUCCACGUUUUCCACGCUAGGACCGGAGCUAGACUGCAUAGGUUCAAAUUUUUUUGUUGUUCUAUUAAUAUUACAGAC